AUGCCCGAUCACGCCUCUAGCGUCAAAGCUGAGCCUGCCCAGCCUGCCGCACAUGGCAUCAACAAGGAUGAGGCCAGCACGGAAUCUGUUACGUCGCAAACUGGGAUCGUGAAAGAUCAGGUUGCCGCUUCCCUGGGAGAUGAUCGAAACUCGACCAAGCCUGCUGGAAGUGCCAGGAAGCAAACCCGCACCCCUCCAACGUUCAGUGUUGCCAUGGAGAAGGACGUCAGAGAGAUGAUGAAUAGAGCUCGCAAAGUUCUCCAUGGAAAAGAAAACCCCACCAAGACAGAAGAGGGCUACAAGGAAAUGGCAUUGCUUGCCACGAAUCUCGUCCAGCUCAUGAACGCUUCAUUCAUUGCCACUGACACCAUUGUUCGCGCCAUCGCCUACAUGAGAGGGGACAGCCAACUUUCUGCUCGGAGCUCUAUCUUCCAAGCUAGACGAGACCGUCGUGCGCAGAAGGUAGCUGAGAGACUUGUCGAUGACGUGAAGAAUAGUGCUCUGAACACUAUUUCUCUCAAUGGUGCUGAAGCUGGAACCAAAACCGCCGUCUCAAAUGCGAAAGCAACCUGCAACAAUACGCAAGCUGGUACCGAGGUCGGCCCGAACCAGCAGGAUACCGCACCCGGUAACGAGGACCAGCAACAGAGACCACAGUCGCUUCGAACCAAAGCCAACAAGAAGAAGAGAAACUACCGACGGCCCACGCGGAACCGAAAGGAUAGCGCUAUCCCCAGAGCGCAAGAACACAAGGCAUGUGUGGCGGAUAACACAGUCGGUAGCGCAGAUGAAUCGAAGGACAAUUUGUAUAAGAAGACAACAGCGACCGAACACAAGCCCGAGACAUCUGGGGAAGAGACUGCUGUUGAGGGUGAUGGCGUGGCCGUUGCUAUCAAGGCUUGA